UAAGUGUUUAAAAUUCAUCCUGAAUCCAUUAGCCAAUGUGUACGACUAGCUUCUUUAUAACCAAGUCAAACUUUUUCCAUAACUCUUGAAAGUCAUCAGCUUUAUUGGUUUCUUGUCCUGAUUCUUUGCUUAGUUUGCUCAACUAGCAACCAAGAGCUUGGAGAUUAAUUUACUCCUUUUGAAGUUUGUAGAUUACAUUUCUUAAGUAUUGUGAGAGUGGAAAUGGAGUUUUCUUUGACUGGUUUCUUUUAAAUGGGUUGCCUCAGCUCUCUCCUUCUCUGCUCUGGAUCAAGUACCUGUUGCCUUAGAUACCCCUGACCCAGUUCUUGAAUCAUGAAUUAGUGCUAUCUUUUGUGUUUCAGAGAUAAAUUUGAUUGAGUUCCUUUAAUGGGUUUGUUGAUCUCUAUAUUUAAGCACAAGAGAUAUGUCAUUUUCUUAAACUUCUCUUUUCUUUUAGUGGCGUGUGUUUUCUUGAUAAUUCAGUUCAAUUCCCUUGAAAUCCUUGAUCUUAGAAUUUCAGAACUUUCAAACGACAGGGGCGACCAACAAGACUGCAAAAACUUGCAAAGUGUAGGAGAUUAUAAAGCCAAGUGCCGUUACCUUAAAUCCCAUGGUCCAUGUGUCACUGAAGGCUAUAUUGACUAUCUCCACCUUUUCUAUUGCAACUUUGGAAGUGUUCCCUUUUUGGGGCAUUUUCUUCUAUUUCUUUGGCUUCUUGUGUUAUUCUAUUUGCUGGGAAAUACAGCCUCGGAGUACUUCUGUUCUUCACUUGAAAACUUAUCUGGGCUAUUGAGAUUGUCUCCUAUAAUCGCUGGGGUUACUCUCCUUUCUCUUGGCAAUGGUGCCCCAGAUGUUUUUGCUAGCCUUGUAUCCUUUAUGGGUAGUGGGACGUGUGAUGUUGGGUUCAAUACUGUGCUAGGUGGUGCUUCCUUUAUCACCUGCGUUGUGGUUGGAGUCAUUAGCAUUCUAGUGAAGCAAAAAGAGAUUAGAGUCAAUAAGAAUGCCUUUGUUAGAGAUGUUUGCUUCUUCCUUAUAGUUCUUGCGACCUUAGGUUUCAUCUUGCUUCAUGGACAAAUCAGUCUUUGGAAUGCAAUAGGGUUUUUGUCUAUGUACAUUUUCUAUGUCAUUAUUGUUUACUGUUCAGAUAUGCUUUGGAGUAAUAACGGUGGGAAGAUCAGCAAAACGGAUGCUAAUUUAAGUUAUGGCAGUGACUUGAGCAUACCAAUUUUAUGCAGCAUGGAAAAAGGGGAAGUAAAUUGUAGCGAGGAAGGUGGUUUAGAAAGUGUUGAUGCUGGAGUAGAAAUGAAGCAAUCUUGCUUUUGUUUGCAGUUAUCUUCUCCUUAUCACAUGCUGCUUGUCAUACUUGAGAUGCCACUCUAUUUACCAAGGAGAUUGACAAUUCCUGUUGUCUGUGAAGAGAAAUGGUCUAAACCAACCGCAGUUGCUUCAGUUACAUUAGCACCAGUUCUGUUAUCAGUUCUUUGGAAUCCUCAUGAUGAGAAUUCCAGCUUCAAGAACAGCAUGGUGGUAUAUGGAAUUGGGUUCCUAUUUGGGGUGACAUUUGGUGUUCUUGCAUACGCCACAACAGAGAAGGCAAGUCCGCCAAAGAAGUGUCUAUUACCUUGGCUUGCAGGAGGGUUUCUAAUGAGUGUGGUAUGGAGUUAUCUCAUAGCUCAAGAAUUGGUUGCCCUAUUAGUUUCCAUGGGAUCUAUAUUUCAAGUCAGUCCUUCAAUUCUUGGGCUAACAGUUCUUGCCUGGGGAAACUCACUGGGGGAUUUGAUUACCAAUUUGACCAUGGCUUUAAACAGUGGUCCUGAAGGUGCACAAGUAGCUAUAUCAGGAUGUUAUGCAGGUCCUAUUUUCAACAUUCUUUUUGGUUUGGGUUUAUCUCUUGUUGGCUCAGCCUGGUAUCAAUACCCAUCUCCUGUUGUGAUCACAAGAGAUCCAUAUCUAUUGGAGACGUUAACCUUUCUGGUGGCCAGCUUGCUUUGGGCACUCAUGAUCUUACCGAGUAGAAAAAUGCGGCUUGAUGGAGUCUUGGGAGGAGGGCUUCUAGUUAUAUACUUAGUUUCUAUGUCUACAAGGAUAAUUCAAACACUUGGAUCUUUGCAAUUUUAAAGGUACAUAAUUCCCUAGUUUUCAGUAACUUGACUUGGAAAUUAUAUAAAUUCCACUUACUAACAACCAUCUUGUAUAGGGAAUGAUCAUCAAUAUUAUUAUUUCCACCUAUUUCAGUUCA